GAUCCGGCGAGCUGGAGUUCAACGAGUUCUGCCUCCUGGCCACCAAGUUCAUGAACGAGGAGGACGAGGAGGAGCUCAAGAAGGAACUCUACGAAGCCUUCAGAUUAUACGACAAAGAAGGCCAGGGCUUCAUCCCGACGGGAGUCCUGCGCGAGAUCCUGCACGAGCUGGACGACAAGCUCACGGACGAGGAGCUCGACGGCAUCAUCGACGAGAUCGACCAGGACGGAUCCGGCACCGUCGACUUCGAUGAGUUCAUGGACAUGAUGACGGGAUAAGAGGCUCUGGACAAGAUUCGUCAUGCUAAUUUCACGACGGCAUCAUACGUCAUCCAAAUAUCAUGACGUCAUCACGUCAUCCAAAUAUCACUACGUCAUCCAGCUAUCUUGACGUCGCCUUAAAAUCUCUGACGCCAUCACUACGUCAUCCCAAAAGUUCUGACGUCAUCGCCACGUCACCAAGCGGCCCGGCAGCAGCGUCCGCCUCGCGAAACACCGGCCAAGGAGUGACCUUUUGCCAUCUCUCUUAUGUCCCAUGGACUCGACUUCCCCCAAUUGGGAACCAACCAAAAUAUCAAAAAGAUUAAACGAAACCUUGACACAUUGUAGACCUCUGCAUUCACUUUUUUCAUGAGAACAUCUGCGUUUGAACUGCCCUAGGCGUGUGCCACUUCUUCAGCGGGAAAGAGACAAGAGAACAGCGGAAUAACAGCCCAGCAAAAUCACAACGAGAAAACCUCCCUCCCUCCUUAAGUUCUAGUACAAAGAGUCCAUAAGAUAUACACUGUGAUUAAAUCGUUGACGAAUAUUUUAUAAUUUUAUACACAUCUAACUUUAAGUUGCUAUGGUUCAAUAUAUUCAACUUUAUUUUGCUAGUUAUCUUGAUUGAAGCUUUAAUGCGCGUAGAGCUUUGUUCUGUCCUUUGUUACAGCUGUUUCC